AUGCCCUUUGGCUCCACCGCUCCACUUCGAGCGCAACCGCUUACGCAAUUGCCCUGGUCAGAUCGAAUCCAAACAAUCGUUUUAAAAUUCCUGGAAGGUGUAAUAGAAUGUCUCAAAAUCUCUACAAAGGAAAAGUGUGAACGUAUAGCAAAGUUUGCUUUCGAUUACGCCACCAAAUACGGGAGGAACAAAGUGACUGCCGUCCACAAAGCAAAUAUUAUGAAGCUCGGUGAUGGACUUUUUCUCGGAACUUGCCAGAAGGUCGCCUCGCGGUACCCUAAGAUUGUCUUCGACUCUAUGAUAAUUGAUAACACCUGCAUGCAGUUGGUGUCAAAUCCAGAGCAGUUUGACGUCAUGGUCAUGCCCAAUCUGUAUGGAAAUAUUAUCGAUAAUCUAGCUGCAGGUUCUACUACAGCAACGGUCUGGCCUCCAUCACAACCACUAAUUCCGAUGACAGUCGACGGUCGUGACGAUGUAUAA